AUGUUGGCCCAGUGUGGACUGGAAGCGUUGGCCCAGUGUGGACUGGAAGCGUUGGCCCGAUGUGGACUGCAAGCGUCGGCCCAACGUGGAAGCGAUCGGAGGAAAGUACUCAGUCGGAAAAUCGGAGAAACGGUCACCGCGAUGAAGCAGAAUCCCAUUCUCCUCGCACGAGACGGAAACGCUCGGAAUUUCCGUGGAAACAAAAAAUUCUGCUUGCUUUGCUCCGGCCUCACAAAGGAGAGGAGAUUCGGAUCGGAGGAGUCCGCCCAAGAAUUGGCGAGCGCAAACGCGUCCAUGAAUGGCCGGAAACUCUUUCCCUUCGAAGUUCCUGCAAAUCCUUAUCUGCCCUCGAAGUCGACUGCCCGCACCUUCGCACAGCGCAUGAUGGAGUUGAAUGCUACCGGCAUUCCGAAAUUCCGAUUCUUGUUCACGAAGGAAGAACUUCUCUGCACGGCAAUCUAUCUCACCAUCGUUGGGAUAUUGGCGACGGUGGGAAACGGAUUGUUCCUGGCGACGAUCCUCCACAGGAGAAGAUUUCGCCGGGAUCCUCACAUGCAGCUGCUGAUGAACCUGGCGGCGUCCGACCUCCUCGUCUCCUUCCUCGGCUAUCCCUUCACCACCGUCUCGGGCUACUAUGGGUACUGGGUGUUCUCCGACGUCCUCUGCCAGGUCUACGCCUUCGUCUGCUUCGCGACUAACUUGAGCAGUAUGGCGACCCAGGUCGCCAUUUGCCUUUUCCGGUACGAGGUCAUCUUCAGACCCAGCUUCAAGAAACGGUUAUCGGGAAAAUUGGUGUGCGCGGUCAUCUCGUUCGUGUGGGUCUUCAGCGUGCUCUGGACGCUCCCGCCCCUGCUGGGGCUGUGGUCGCGGUACGUGCAGGAGCCGUUCUACACGUCGUGCUCCAUCGACUGGGACGACACCAGCCUCUCGGCCAUCGUCUACAUCGUCGCUACCAUCACCUUCUGCUACCUGUUCUCGAUCGUGCUCGUGGCCACCCUGUACACGAUCGUGUUGCGCCACGUGAUGCGAUACCACCCGACCAACAUCCACGCGGGCGGGAUGGCAGUGAGGAGUGGGUCUUCCAUCUCCUGCGGCAACUGCCUCGGUCUCAAGCCCAUGGAACUGCAUCUCCUGAAGUUCGUGGGAAUGGGCCCUGGCAAUCUGGCCCUGGCAAUCUGGCCCUGGCAAUCUGGCCCUGGCAAUCUGGCCCUGGCAAUCUGGCCCUGGCAAUCUGGCCCUGGCAAUCUGGCCCUGGCAAUCAGGCAGGGUCCAUCCGGGAGAGAAACGGGCCGAGACAUCGUGGGCGACAACGAUCGAAAUGCCAUGGAGUCUCUGAGAACCAUCGGACGCAAUCAAAACUUUUGA